GUCCGCGACUGCGAGGCUGUGCCCAAUCUCCACAUAGGAUUUAAUUGUCUUUAGCUGAGGGCGGGACUCGCUGUCAGCUCCACUUCUUGUGAGCAGUGUUGGCAUAAAGACAUUCAGUACAGAGGAAUGGUGACAGCUGAGAGAGAAGCAUACUACAUAUAUCCACAGCCAUGAAGGAAAUCAUGGCACAGAAAGAGAAACUCCAAUGUCUGAAGGAUUUCCACAAGGACACGCUGAAGCCUUCGCCAGGGAAGAGCCCGGGCACGCGGCCGGAGGACGAGGCAGAGGGCAAGCCCAUCCAGAGGGAGAAGUGGGCCAGCAAGCUAGACUUUAUCUUGUCCGUGGCCGGAGGCUUUGUCGGUUUAGGGAACGUGUGGCGCUUCCCGUACCUCUGCUAUAAGAAUGGUGGAGGUGCAUUUCUCAUCCCCUACACCAUCUUCCUGUUUGGUGGAGGCCUGCCGGUGUUCUUCCUGGAGGUGGCUCUGGGCCAGUAUACCUCUGAGGGAGGCAUCACCUGCUGGGAAAAACUCUGCCCCAUCUUCACUGGUAUUGGCUAUGCCUCUAUCGUGAUCGUCUCUCUCCUGAACAUCUACUACAUAGUGAUUCUAGCCUGGGGACUCUACUACCUAUUCCAGUGCUUUCAGCCGGAGCUGCCCUGGGCCAAAUGCAAUCAGCCGUGGAACACAGACCGGUGUGUGGAGGACACAGUCCGCAAGAACAAGACCCUAAUGCUGGCUGCCAAUAUCACCAACUUCACCUCCCCCGUCACUGAGUUCUGGGAACGCAAUGUGCUGAGCAUCUCCUCUGGAAUUGAUGACAUCGGGCCAUUGAAGUGGGACCUAGCCCUGUGUCUCCUGGCAGUGUGGAUUGUCUGCUUCUUCUGCAUCUGGAAGGGAGUCAAGUCCACUGGGAAGGUGGUGUAUGUCACAGCAACUUUCCCUUUCGUCAUGCUUAUUGUGCUGCUGGUGCGUGGAGUGACUCUGCCAGGGGCGUCCGAAGGGAUCAAAUUCUAUCUCUACCCCAACCUGACCCGCCUACAGGAUCCAGAGGUGUGGAUCGACGCAGGAACCCAGAUAUUCUUCUCCUACGCCAUCUGUCUGGGGGCUAUGACGUCACUAGGGAGCUACAACAAGUACAAAUACAACUGCUACAGGGACUGUUUGCUGCUGGGAGGCCUGAACAGCGGUACCAGUUUUGUGUCUGGCUUCGCAAUAUUUUCCGUCCUGGGCUUCAUGGCACAAGAGCAAGGGGUGGACAUUGCCGAUGUGGCAGAGUCAGGUCCUGGCCUGGCCUUCAUUGCCUAUCCUAAGGCUGUGUCCAUGAUGCCCUAUCCCACGUUCUGGGCCAUCCUAUUCUUCAUCAUGCUUCUGCUACUGGGCCUCGACAGUCAGUUUGUGGAGGUGGAAGGACAGAUCACCUCCCUGGUCGAUCUGUAUCCAGCCGCCCUAAGGACGGGUUACCGCCGCGAGAUCUUUAUAGCUGUAAUGUGCUGCAUAAGCUAUCUUUUGGGACUUACCAUGGUAACAAAAGGUGGCAUGUAUGUGUUUCAACUCUUUGACUACUAUGCAGCCAGUGGUGUGUGCCUUUUGUGGGUUGCAUUCUUUGAAUGUAUUGCUGUAGCCUGGGUUUAUGGCGCUGAUAAUUUCUAUGAUGCAAUUGAAGACAUGAUUGGCUACCGACCAAACCCGUGGAUGAAAUGGAGCUGGACCUUUAUCACUCCCGUCCUCUGUGCGGGUUGUUUUAUCUUCUCAUUGGUGAAGUACAAGCCACUGACCUAUAACAAGGUGUAUGAGUACCCUGACUGGUCCAUCGGCCUGGGCUGGUCUCUGGCCCUGGCCUCCAUGAUCUGCAUCCCCAUGGUAAUGGUCAUCAAGAUCCUCCAGUCCGACGGCCCGCUCAUCGAGAGGAUUAAGGCAGUGGCGGCCCCAGUAAAGGGAGGUGCGAGUUCUCGCCCCAAAGAGUACAGCGUGAAGGGCAGCGAGCUAACCCAGCCUCUGGACCCCAAUGGGAACAACGGCCUGAUCAAGCCCACCCACACCAUUGUAGAAACAAUGAUGUGAGCACUCUCUGUGAGAGGACAUGCUGAUUGACGUGCUUUCUAUGUUUUUAUCAUAUAUUUGCUAACUUUGAUAGUGGUAGAACCAGGUUUACAUUGUUCUAUAUAUCCGCACUAGGAAUAUUCUGGUUUGGUUUCUAUGACGAUGAUGAUGAUGAUGAAGAGAGCUACAUUAUAUAUAUUGUCGUUGAGUUGUUGUAGUUUUUUCUCUCUGUAUUUUUUUAAAUGUUGUUGUUACCGUUGUUGUCGUUGCUGUAGUGGGUGGUGAUCUCAGUUGAGGGAAUAUUUUGAGAUAGAACAUGUUGUUCUAUGUUAAUUAACUUUCUGUUGAUUGUUGAGAAUUGAGAAGGUGUUUGUUCGGAAAUACUAGAAAAAAAAGGUAGUUUUCACUUAUCACAAAUACAGUAAACUAAACGUGUAACAUGUUAGGUAGCAAACUAUUAAGAUCAUUUCCUCACAUUAUUGUGGCAGUAUCCUUGUCUGAGGUCAUUUUUUAUCUGUUGUCGUUGUUGUUUGUUUUGAGAUGCAACUGAAAAAAUCUUAGUUGUGCUAGUGGACGCCAGCCAGUCACACCUGCUAGUAGAGUAGACAUCCACACCACCUGAAUGUAUAGUGACAACAUGCAGUGUAAAUAUAGAAGUUCAUAUGUACGUCCAUGCCCAAAUACUGUACAAAAUGUUCCCGGAAGGAUCACAUGUCCUAGGAGGGAGGCAGGAAAGGCGGUGGAGAAAACAAGGAGGAAGUGAAGGACAAAAAGGGAAGAAGCAUUUUAAGAGUAUUUGUACAUUGCCUACAGUCCGCCCCAGUGCAUUUAUUGAAACCUCUCUUUGCACUUUAUACGUUGAGUUUCACCUUUAUUGUAGUGAUCUCUUAUGAUAAUGGUCCACAGGAGGCUGCUGAGGGGAGGACGGCUCAUAAUAAUGGUUGGAAUGGAGUGAAUGGAAUGGUAUCAACCAAAUGGAAACCAUGUUAUUAAUGUAUUUGAUACCAUUCCAUUGAUUCUGUUCCAGCCAUUACUAUGAGCCCGUCAUCCCCAAUUAAGGUGCCACCAACCUCCGCUGUAAUGGUGGCAAGAACCGACAGUUACAUUUGCACCAUGCAUUUAAAAGGGAAAGUAUAUAGCUUCAAACCUUUUUGGUUUGAUAUCUAUCGGUUCAAACAGGAGCAUUAGACUCUCACUCACUUGCUAUAAAUAUAUAAAAUAAAGGUGGAACAUUGCCAUCAAACAUUCUGUUUCUUUAGGAAUAAACCUGUGAGAGUUGUGAGAACCAUAACUUGAUUGGAGUAAAAAAUGUAACCUUAACAAAAUGUUUUUUCUAAAAAUGUGAAAUAAUUGUUUUUUUCUCCAGUCAUUUUAAUAGCAGCGAUGGUCACUAAAUAUCUGUAUCAUAUGAAUCUACCACCAGAAUCUGGAUUUUAUCAUGUUCAUUUUAGGCAAUUGUAUUUUAGUAUUUUACUUGUUUGUAUUUUAGUAUUUUUAUUGUUUGUGAAUCACAUAUGCCUUUUUGUAUUAACCAUUUUAUACUGUACAUCAUAUGAACAUUGUCACUGAUGAGGACUGAUGUUUUCUGAAUACAGCAAUUUGUAUUUUAAUGUUAAAUGUUAUGAGCCUGAAUGAAUAUUUGCAGUGUGCAAUAUUCGUCAAAGAAAUGGCCUUUACCACUCAAAUUAUUUGAUUUCAAUUUGAAAACAGAUAUAAAAAUACAAAAAUUGAUAUGUGACCAACAUAAAAAAUAUGAAUGUAUAAAGUUCAAGUGAGAUUCUUUUACCCAAUGCAUGUACAUGAACAGCCACAGUACAGUGCUUGGUCAGCAAGAUUACUAGUCCAGAGGGUGAUAAAUAAACCCUGUUGGAAAAUCAAGUGUACCAAAGUAUUUUUGUCUAACGUCUGUCCUUCUUUAAGAUGCUCAUUGCAUCAUCUCUUCCUAGAUUGAAAAUAAACAUAUUUUUCUUUA